UCUCUAUCUUAAUCACGCGUUUCUAUCAUUCAUUCCCAAAUUCUUUUUUAACUAAGUUUUACUAAAAAUACAAUUGGUGCAUUCUGAAAGAGAGAUCGAGGGAGUAUUAUUUUUAUACCUAAAAGAAUGAAAAAUACAUAUUAAAAUAGAAGUUUUCUUCAUGUGCACAACUUCAAUAGUUUGGCUAAGGAAUAAUCCUUCCCUUCACCUGUACUUGUAUAAAAAUCUAUCUCUUGAAUCAACAACUUCACUUCACUUCACAUAUGAGUGAGACUGACCAAAUUGCAGUGCAACUGUUCUUCCAUUAAUUUUGGAGAUAUGGAAGCUAUAACACAUUACUUCCCUGAUAUUUAUAUUUCCACCUUCAAAUUCAAACUUCUUUAUUUCUUUUUUAUUGUCGCCCUUCUGUUCGCACAUUGUGAGGCGAGAAAAUUGACGGUGCUAUCCAAAAAGACGUCCCGACCUAUAACUACAAAUCAAAACAUGAAACACUUGAAAAUUUUGGAAAUGGCCAAGAGUUUAAAUAUGCUUGUGGAUGUAUCCGUCAAAGAUACUUCUAUAGGCUCUCCUUUUACCUUACCGCCUUAUGAUUCUUUACCUCCCGUUCCUUUAGCCGGCCCCAAUACUAACCCGCCCUAUUGCGUAUACCCACCACCUAACCCACAAUCGCCUUCGACCACUAUUCCAACCCCAAUUGGACCCACACCAACAAUACCAAUAGUUUCUCCUAGCUCACCAAUAAUUUUCCCAGGCCCUCCAAACUUUGUUCCCAACCCACCACCUUAUUAUUAUGAACCAAGCCCACCAAGUGGUAGCAUUAUUCCAAGUCCGCCAAAAUACGUACCAUCUCCUAUUGGAUUUGAACCUAGCCCACCCGUUUUCGAACCACCAGUGGUGUACCCACCACCAACGGGAUCUCCACCGACUUUUGGCGGUGGUGGUCGUGGACACGGUCGGGUUUGGUGCGUAGCAAAACCGACAGUUCCGGAUCCAAUUAUCCAAGAGGCUAUGAAUUAUGCAUGUGGGUCGGGUGCAGAUUGUGACCCGAUACAACCCAAUGGGUCAUGUUUUCAACCCGACACACUUUUGGCACAUGCUUCUUAUGCAUUCAAUAGUUAUUGGCAAAGAACCAAAGUUGCUGGUGGUACUUGUUCCUUUGGUGGGACUGCCAUUCUUGUUACCUUAGAUCCAAGUUCAGAAGGAUGUCAUUUUGAAAGUUAUUGAGCAUCUUUCCAAAACAAGUAAUAAGUAACCACAUGAAGCCAUGAAGGACAUAUAACAAGAAGCUUUUGUGGAUUAUUUUAGGAAAGGGUUAAAUUUUUGUACUCCUAAUUCAAUUUAGGUUAUUAAUCGAUUUUUAUAGUCAUUAAAGUUUAUAAUUAAUUAAUUUUUAGCUUCAAAAAUAUUUAAUUUUAGUUUUAAAUUUUACGUUUGAAGAAAUUAAUUAAAUAUUUAUGUUUUUUCCUUUGUUUAUUUGAUAAAUGUAAAAUGGAAAAAACAUAAUUUUGUUG